CUUGCUCAUCCCGCACCCGACCCAUGACUUUACGGGCCCGUGUGAUUUCGUGCGGGAGGAGCGCGCCGCCUGGCGUCCACCCGCAAACACUCGGCGAUAAGUGACACUCUGGGAGGGGAAGCAGAACAAACUGUAAGCUGCUGCUGGCGGAUCCAUCUUGCUCGAAAAAGAAACGAGGCUUCUUCUUUUUUUCCUCCUCUCCCUCCCUCUCCCUCCUCUCAGUUUAGUAUCUUAAAGACUGUAUCGUUCCCCGUUAACCGCGCUGGGGAGCCCGAGGAGGGGCUGUGCCGCUGUUUGUAGGAUGUCCCGACAUGAGGGUGUGAGCUGUGAUGCAUGUUUAAAAGGAAACUUUAGAGGAAGACGGUUCAAGUGUUUAAUUUGUUACGACUACGACCUGUGCGCGUCGUGCUACGAGAGCGGAGCUACAACAACAAGACACACCACAGAGCACCCCAUGCAGUGUAUAUUAACCAGGGUAGACUAUGACCUGUAUUAUGGAGGAGACACCUUUUCAGUAGAGCAACCCCAGUCAUUCACAUGUCCUUACUGUGGAAAGAUGGGCUUUACGGAGACGUCCCUACAGGAGCAUGUCACCUCAGAACAUGCAGAGACUUCCACAGAGGUGAUCUGUCCAAUAUGUGCUGCCUUGCCAGGAGGGGACCCCAACCACGUCACAGAUGACUUUACAGCUCACCUCACACUUGAACACAGAGCACCAAGAGAUUUAGAUGAGUCCAGCAGUGUUCGGCAUGUACGCAGGAUGUUCCACCCUGGACGAGGACUGGGCGGUCCCAGAGCACGACGGACGAAUAUGCACUUUACUAGCGGCUCCACAGGGGGACUAUCAUCCUCCUCAUCACAGAGCUCGACUUACACCCCCAGUAACAGAGAAGCUAUGGACCCAAUCGCAGAGUUGUUGUCUCAGCUGUCAGGUGUGCGGCGUGCAGCAGGAGGCCAAAUAAACUCAUCAGGGCCUUCAGCCUCUCAGCUCCAGCAGCUCCAGAUGCAACUGCAGUUAGAGCGGCAGCAGGCACAGGCAGCACGGCAGCAAGUGGAGACGGGCCGCCACGCGACACGACGCAGCAACAACCCAGGCAACACUGGCGCCACCAUCCCUCCACCCAACACAGCGACUGCCAACACUGCCACUGUGGGUGAAAGCAAUCCCUCAUCCUCGUCCCACAACUCCCAGUUCCUAUUAGCACGGUUGAAUGAACCUAAGAUGUCCGAAGCAGAGCGUCAGUUUCUAGAAGGAGAGCGCGCAGACCGCAGCCUGUUUGUCCAGGAGCUGCUCCUGUCUACGCUGAUGCACGAAGAGAGCUCCUCCUCCGACGAGGACGAGCGUCGAGACUUCGGCGACUUCGGAGCCAUGGGCUGCGUGGAUAUCAUGCCUUUAGAUGUGGCACUGGAGAACCUCCAGCUUAGAGAGAGCAGCUCUACGGGGAAGGAGCCUCCGCCGCCUCCUCUUUGAUGUCCGAGCAUCAAGCAGACUGUGUCCUCUCUGCUGCAACUGUCAGUGAUGGGCAGCGAAACAGCAGCAGUCCUCCCUGGCCUCACCCUCCUUUCUCCCUCUUUUUUUUUUUUUUUAGUUUUUUUUUUUUGUUUGUUUGUUUUUUGUUGUUUUUUUGGUGAUUGUAAUUUCAGGCCUGUCACCAUUUUUGUUACAUUGUAAACAAAAAAAAAAUAAAUGAGAGCAAGUGGGAUAAAUGUGCGAGUGCGCAAUAGCAACUGAGUGAGCGAGCAAGAGAAGAGAAAUCUAUAAAUAUAUAUAAAAUAUAUAUGAAGUUGAUAAUCAAUCCACAUAACUUUUUCUUUAUCAGGUAAAUGUUACAGGCAGCUGUGGCAGACCUUUGCCCCCUGUGACAUGCAAACGGCUCUCCAUAUAAAUACUCCACAUUCAAAAGUCCAGAGGGCGUAGGCUCCUCUGAUGAAGCUGCUGUGUGUGUUUAUGACUCUUAAUAAAUAAAAAGUGCUUGGAUGGGUUACCAUAACUACUGCAUGCAGUUAUUUGCAGCGUGCAUGACUUUUAAUGACCUUGUCAUUAAAACCUUUUUUUGUUUUAGUUUUGUUUUUAUUUCUAAAUAUCCCAAAGCUUUCAAUGGUUCUUUAAAAAAAAAAAAAAAACACGAAUUGAGUAGUUUUACAAAAGCGACAUGCAGAAAUUUAACUAACAAUCUUAUUUUGUGAGGUUUUCUUUGAACGACUAUAUUCCAAUGAAGAGGAAACGAUUGGACUCGGCAGUAGCUUUUUUUUUUUUUAUAUAUAUAUAUUUGAAGAAAUGCUGCACUGUGUGUGUGAGAGUGUGUGUGUGUCCGUCUGAGCUCCAGAAUGCCUUUUCUCUUUCGUCUGGUCACGUCGAUUGCUGACAGCAGCGGAGCUACGACUUCCAUGCAAACAGAAGAAUACUAGGAAACAGAGGAAGAGUUUUUUUUUCUCCUAGAUGUUAAUGUUUAGUGAUAAGCUGUUUAGGCACAGUAUACUUUAUAAUUUAUAGAUAAAUACAGAUGCCCAGCUACAGUUUGUUCAUUGCUCUUUCACACUAGUUUCUGGCAUUCGCUCUGCUUAUGUACAGGCCACAUGCUUCAGAUGGCUUGUUUGAAUUUCUUUGCUGGGUAACAGGAGCUCCAGACUUUCCACAGUGCAGUUUUUAUUUUGUUUGUUUUUGUUUUUUAAGAGAAGGUGUUCUUAUUAUUUUCUUUCUGCUAAGGUUAGCACUUUCUAUUUAUUCAUGUUUUCUUUUCUGAUUUCUUUUUUUGAGCCUUGAUAUGAAUCAUGCCACCUUCAUGCCUAUACUUUUACCCUCUAUGUAAAAUACAAUGAGAUGUAUAUUGAAUUUGUGCGUUAACUUUCAUAAUGGUUCUAAGACAUGGGCAGACAUUUUUUUUAAAUGUAAAAUUUAGAAUACAAUAAAUAUAAAAAUGCGCACAGCUUUUGAUGAAACCAAGAGACCAUCACACUUUU